ACUACAUCUAACACAUAUUAAUCUUUAACAUUAUUGCUUUAUCUUUGAAGAGUUGGCUUCAAUUCCUUCUAUGGAGUUUGCAUCUUCUUCUUUAUCAUCAUCAUCUUCAUCCUUCUUAACAUCAGAACCCCAUUUCAUACACGAUGUGUUCAUCAACUUUGGUGGAGAAGAAAUCGGUCGAAGGUUUGUUUCUCAUCUCCACUCUGUCCUUUUACAAGCUCAAAUCAAAACUUUUAUUAGCCAGGAGAAUCUGCAUGACGGAAUGAGGCUGGAAGAGCACAUGCGAGCAAUAGGACACACUAAGAUUACAAUAAUCGUUUUCUCCAAAUCAUACACUGAAUCUGCUUGCUCUCUUCUUGAGCUUGAAAAAAUCAUUGAAUGCCACGAAACAUUUGGCCAAAUAGUUCUGCCCGUAUUUUACGAGAUUGACCCAUCGGAUGUACGUAAUCGGAAGGAUGAUUUUGGAAAAGCGUUGGAAGAAGCUGUACACAAAAGCUAUUCAGGAGAAGAACUGGAACACGCGUUGUCCAAGUGGAGCCGUGCACUCACCACAGCUGCAGUUAUGACUGGUUGGGAGCUCAGAAAUUUCAGGUAUGAUGCUGCACUUGUAGAGCGAAUUGUUAGCCGCGUUAAGACAUUACUGGACUACAAAGACUUCUUUAUUACCGAAUAUCCUGUUGCAUUAUUAGAGUCCCGCGUGGAAGACAUGAUUAAAUGUAUUGAAAAUCAAUCCAGCAAAGUGUGUAUGAUAGGAAUAUGGGGAAUGGGAGGAUCAGGUAAAACAAUCCUAGCCAAAGCCAUCUACAAUCGAAUUUAUCGUGAAUUCAUUGGUAAGAGUUUUAUGGAGAAUAUUGGUGAUGAAAGGUACGUUGCUUUGCAAGAAAAUCUUCUUUCUGAUGUCUUAAAAUCCAAGUUGGAGGUGGAAAGCGUUGGGAUCGGAAGAAUUAUGAUCGAGAAUGGAUUUUGUCGAAAGAAGUUGUUGAUUGUGCUUGAUGAUGUAAAUGAGUUUGGCCAAUUAGAAAACCUAUGCGGGUAUCGUGAAUGGUUCGGUCAAGGAACUGUGAUAAUCAUUACAACUAGAGAUAUUAGCCUGCUGAACCGACUCGAAGUUAAUUAUAUUUCUAGAAUGCAUCUUCUGAACGAAAAUGAGUCACUUGAGCUUUUCAGCUGGCAUGCAUUUAGAGAAGGAAAACCAAGAAAAGACUUUGAUGAACUUGCAAGAAACGUAGUUGCUCAUUGUAAAGGACUACCACUAGCUAUUAAGGUCCUUGGUUCCUUUUUACAUGAUAGGAGAGAAGAAGUGUGGAAAAGUGCAUUAUCGAAACUAGAAAGAAUUCCCAUGUAUCAAGAGGUAUUAAAAUUAGGUCUUAACGAUUUACAUGAUUGCGAAAAGGAUAUAUUUCUGGAUGUAUGUUGUUUCUUUAUUGGCAAAGAAAGAGACUAUGUCACAGAGAUAUUAAAUGGCUGUGGACUGCAUGCUGAUAUUGUAAUGACAAUUCUCAUAGUGCGUGGCCUCAUAAAAGUUGAGAGGAACAACAAACUUCAAAUGCUUCCUUUUUUACAACACAUGGGAAGAGAAAUUAUUCGUCAAGAAUGCCUAGAGAAACCGGGGAAAAGAAGUCGAUUGUGGUUGGAGGAAGACGUAGUAUAUGCACUGAAAAAGAAUACUGGGACAGAAGCUAUCGAGGGAUUGUCCCUGAAACUGCAUUCCAGCAGUAGAAAUUGCUUGGAAGCUCAUGCUUUCAAGAAAAUGAAGAGGCUAAGACUGCUACAACUUGAUAAUGUAGAACUUAGUGGAGAUUAUGGGCACAUUUCUAAACAACUGAGAUGGAUUUGUUGGCGAGGGUUUCCUUAUAAAUGCAUUCCAAGCAACUUUCAUUUGGAAAAUGUGAUUGCAAUUGAUCUCAAGCAUAGUCGUCUCAAACUAGUUUGGGAACAACGCGUGGUUUUAGAGCGGUUAAAAUUCCUUAAUCUUAGUCACUCCAAGUACUUGAUAGAAACACCUGACUUUUCAGGACUACCAAGUCUUGAACAGCUUAUUCUAAAAGAUUGCCCAAGUUUGUGUAAGGUACAUCCAUCCAUUGGAUAUCUCUCCAAUAUACUAGUGAUAAAUUUGAAGGACUGUACAAGUCUAAGCUGUCUUCCAAGAGAGGUAUAUAAGUUGAGAUCUUUAAAAACUCUAAUCCUAUCUGGUUGUUCGAAGCUUGGCCCUAUAGAUAUAUCACAAGUCAUAUCCUUGGUAACUAUAAUUGCUGAAAACACAAUUGUGAAUCAAGCUCCCUUUGAUGAAUUGUAAGCUAAUGAAUAUCAGAUAUAAAUCCCUACGAGAAUUUGAAGGAUUGUUGGUAAAUAUUUGUUGUUAGACUACACGUAGCAUUUAUUUGUUGUUAGACUAAU